AUGACCGAUGCGUUAACAGAGAAGCUGCGGGCGUCGACCAUCAGCGACGGCCCCUCUGACGACUGGAAGAAGAACCUCAACAUCCCCACACGGGACGGCCGGCAUCAGACUGAAGAUGUCACAAACACGAAAGGUCUGGAGUGGGAGGACUUCUCUCUGAAGCGCGAUCUGCUCAUGGGCAUCUUCGAAGCCGGCUACGAAAGACCCUCCCCCAUCCAAGAAGAAUCGAUCCCCGUCGCGCUUACCGGCCGAGAUAUACUAGCCCGAGCCAAGAACGGAACAGGAAAGACGGCGGCGUUUGUCGUCCCCGUCCUGGAGCGCAUCAACCCCAAGCUCAACAAGAUUCAGGCUCUGAUCUUGGUGCCCACCCGAGAGCUUGCCAUGCAGACAUCACAAGUCUGCAAGACUCUCGGAAAGCACCUCGGCGUCAACGUCAUGGUCACCACUGGCGGUACGGCCCUCCGCGACGACAUUGUCCGUCUCCAGGAUCCUGUCCACAUAGUAGUGGGCACGCCUGGUCGUAUCCUCGAUCUCGCCAGCAAGAACGUCGCCGAUCUGAGCGAGUGCCCGUCCUUUAUCAUGGACGAGGCAGACAAGCUCUUGUCGAUCGAGUUCACACCCGUCAUCGAGCAGCUCCUCAAGUUCCACCCCAAGGAUCGCCAGGUCAUGCUAUUCUCGGCCACCUUCCCCCUCUCGGUCAAAGACUUUUCGGACCGCAACAUGAACGACCCGUACGAGAUCAAUCUGAUGGACGAGCUCACCCUCCGUGGUAUCACCCAGUACUAUGCUUUCGUCGAGGAGAAGCAAAAGGUCCACUGCCUCAACACGCUCUUUUCCAAGCUCCAGAUCAAUCAGUCCAUCAUCUUUUGCAACUCCACCAACCGAGUCGAGCUCUUGGCCAAGAAGAUCACCGAGCUCGGCUACUCCUGCUUCUACAGCCACGCCAAGAUGGUGCAGCAGGCCAGAAACCGCGUCUUCCACGACUUCCGCAAUGGUGUCUGCCGAAACCUUGUCUGCUCUGACCUGCUCACCCGUGGUAUCGAUAUCCAGGCCGUCAACGUCGUCAUCAACUUUGACUUCCCCAAGAACGCCGAGACGUACUUGCACCGCAUCGGUCGCUCUGGACGUUACGGCCACUUGGGUCUCGCGAUCAACCUGAUCAACUGGGAGGACCGCUUCAAUCUCUACAACAUUGAGAAGGAUCUGGGUACCGAGAUCCAGCCCAUCCCCGCCAACAUUGACAAGAGCCUCUACGUUUACGAGAACCCGGAGAACAUUCCCCGCCCUGUCAACAACUACAACACCAAGACCAUUCAGGCCGCUCAGCAGGCUCAGCAGGCUCAGCAGCAGCAGCAGCAGCCUCAGCAUCAGAGGCAGCCCAGCCUUCCGCCCCAGCACCAGCCCGGUGGUGGUGCUCCUCAGGGCAACUUCCGCGGUGGCCAGGGUCGCAGCGAUUACAAUGACGGCCAGCAGCGUCAGUACCAGAACAACGGUCGUGGAGGCCGUGGUGGACGUGGCGGCCAGGGUCAGGGUCAGGGUGGCCGCGGCCGCGGUUUCAAUGGCCGUGGCGGUGGCGGCCGCCCACAGGGCCAGCAGCCUCAGCAGGCUUAA